AUGUACCACCGUGCUCAGAGAUGUCAUAAGAAUAAAGAGCGUGGCCGGAGACCUUACCACACACUUUCACUUCUUGUGCACCCUUCUGCAAAUGCGUGUGUCUCCUACCACCGUGACCUAGAUCUGGGAGCUGGUUUUCCCGACCCAGAAUUAAGUAGCUUGACAUCUGAACCUCGGAACCCAUCUUUGGUCUUGUCUUCCCAGAGCCAUAAGAGAGAGCGGGAAAGACAGCACCUUCCCUUCCACUUUUCCCCCGGUGCCCACAGGACUCUGUCUCCUUCUAAUCUCAAAGCGAGGUCACUGGCCCCGGCCCGCCUUUGGCUCCCUUCCAAGUCCAUGCCUCACCUGCCCGGUGCUCCCCAGCCCGCAUCCUCCCUGCCGCCCUGCUCAGGCAAAGAGCCUUCUGCUCAGGCCCACUCCUCAACUCCUGGCAACAUCUGCCCUUGCAAUAGAGAAGGGAAGGCGGAGCCUGAGAAAAAAGACCCCGAGAAGACAGUAGCCAGUGAGCCCCCAAUAAAGGGCAGGGCGCCAUUAGUGAAGGUGGAGGAGGUCACAGUGGAAGAGGGGACAGCGGCGAAGCCACCUGACCCCGCUGCCCCAGCCUCGGCCCUCAGUCCAACCCCGGCCCCUUCUCCAGCAACAGACACAGCACCAUCGUCCACCGUGACUGCUGGUGUCAUUCCUAAGACUUCUGCAGGCACCACCGACCCCGAAGAGGCUAGGAGGCUGCUGGCUGAGAAGAGGCGCCUGGCCAGAGAGCAAAGGGAGAAGGAGAGGGAGAGGAAGGAGAAGGAGGAGCUGAAGAGACAAAAGAUAGAGGAGUUGUCCCGAAGGGUGGCUGAGGAGGGAAGUCGCUGGGAAGAAGAAGCCCGCAGGCUGGAAGCAGAUCAGGUGCGAGAGAAGGUGGAGAUGGUGCUGUGGCUAGCGGAGGAGGAGCAGGAGCAGUUGGAGAGGGAGGAGGUGGAGCGCCUGCAGAAGCAGAAAGAAGAGGAAGCCAUAGUCCUGGAGGAGGCAGAGAGGGCUCGGCAGGAAAGGGAGAAGCAUUUCCAGAAAGAAGAGCAGGAGCGCCUGGAGUGGAAGAAGCGACUUGAAGAGAUUAUGAGAAGAACCAGGAGGAUGGAGGCAGCCAAUAAGAAAACCACUGAGCAAAGAAAUGGUGACGUAGCCAAAGGAGUUCUCGCUGGAGAGACAGAGGUGUCUGCACUGCCACAGAUGAACUCUCCAGGAAAUGGAGAGUCUGCACAGCGCCCACAAGGAGUCGCUUCACAGCUGUCCAAAGGAACCACAGAGAGUUCUCCAGAUGUGGAAAAGCAGCUAAAUUAAAAUGGAAUGUCUGUACAAAGUGAAAAGUUCGAAGAAAUUGUAAACUUGUCUGUUGGAUCAAAAGCGUCCAGAUUAGAUGUCACCAGUGAGAACCCAGAAAUUCCUUUGAAACCAAUUUUGGCCUUUAACGAUGAAGGGACACUUGGGCCCCUAUCUCAGGUGGACGAAGUGCAGACACAACAGACCGCAGAAGUUAUAUGAGCAUUUCCUCUGAAGAACCAAAACAAACAUUUUCUACAACGAAUGGA